AUGCUGCGCACUCUACGAACUGUCGCGGCUUGCGCGCUUCUGUCAGCUCCGGCAAUUGCCCAGACCUACACCAAUUGCAACCCCAUCGAAAGCAGUUCCUGCCCUCCCGACUCAGCACUAGGAAGGACUGUCAACAUCGAUUUCACCUCUGCAUCUGACAGUUUCACCGCCGAAGGAAACCCCACAUACGGCUCAGAUGGCGCAUCAUUCACCGUAGCUAAGCAGGGCGACAGCCCCAAGAUUACCUCAAAAUGGUACAUUAUGUUUGGUCAAGUCGAUAUCGAGCUGCAAGCGGCACCUGGCCAAGGUAUUGUCAGCAGCUUCUUCCUGCAGUCUGACACCCUGGACGAAAUUGACUGGGAAUGGCUUGGUGGAGACAACGCUCAGGUGCAAUCAAACUACUUCGGCAAGGGAAACACUGCAACGCACGAUCGAGGAGCUUUCCACGCGAAUCCAGGCAACCAUGAUAGUUUCCAGAAGUACACCAUCAUCUGGACUUCGGAACAGAUUGCCUGGCAGAUCAACGGGCAGACGGUUCGCACUUUGAUUCCCGACAAUGCCAACGGUCAAUACCCCCAGACACCGAUGGCAAUCAGGAUCGGUGCUUGGGCCGGUGGAGACCCAAACAAUGAACAGGGUACCAUCGACUGGGCCGGCGGUUUGACCGACUACAGCAAGGGUCCCUACACCAUGAAAGUCAAGAGCUUGAAAGUCCAGGACUACUCCACGGGCACCCAAUACACCUACGGCGACACCAGCGGAACCUGGCAGUCUAUCAAGUCGAAUGGCGGCACCAUCAACACCGGCGGAAGCGCUGUUGAGGCAGAAGCGCCUGGUAUCACGUCCGCCGCCACCGGAGCUCCUCUUCCCUUCACCCCUCACACGACUUCUCCCUACACCAGGCCGAGCGUCUAUCCCUGGGUCCCUGACACCACCGUGGCAACUGUUCCCACCACCACCUACGGCAACUACCCCGGAUUACCGAGCGGAUGGUCUGUUUCUGACUCUGGCAAAGUCGUUCCUCCAAGCCAAGCUCCUGUCAGUAAGCACCUUUUUUCACCCCUCCCUUCCCUGCUUUUGCGCUCUGGCUAA